AAAGAGGAGAGAAACUACUCCGACAGACAGACACAGUCAACUUUUCUCUCUCCUUCCUCCUCCUCCUCCUUCUUCAGUCAAGGACACCGCGCUCGAAUCCUUCCCUGCCUCCCCAACAGAAAACGAGAAUCAAGAUCAGUCCUUUACCUUCUCCGCCGGAGACCCGACCGAUCCCGGCGCCAUGUACCUCCCCGACAAGCCCCACCCCGGUCCCACGGAUUUGUCGGACCGAGAAAUGAUGCUCCAGGUGGUCACCAGCGACCCUCUCUCCCACCACCCCGCCCACCACCACCCCCACCACCACCACCCUCACCAGCAGCAGCAGCAGCAGCAGCAGAUGAUCCUCGCCGACAGCAGCGGCGGCGAGGACCCGGAGCCCGAGCCCGGGCCGGAGCUCCUCCGGGCGACCAAGAAGCGGGCCGAGACGUGGGUCACCGAGGAGACGAGGAGCCUGAUCGGGUUCCGCCGGGAGGUGGACGGGAUGUUCAACACGUCCAAGUCGAACAAGCACCUGUGGGAGCAGAUCUCCUCCAAGAUGAGGGAGAAGGGCUUCGACCGCUCGCCCACCAUGUGCACCGACAAGUGGCGCAACCUGCUCAAGGAGUUCAAGAAGGCGAGGCACAGCCAACAGCAGGAGCAGCAGCAGCAGCAGAGCGACAAGGGCGGUGCCGGGUCGGCGAAGAUGACGUAUUACAAGGAGCUGGAGGAGCUGCUCAGAGAUAGGAAUAGGAACGGGGGCGGCGGCGGCGGCGGCGGUUGCUGCGGCGGGGCCGGAGGAGUCUUUGGGGGGUCUGCUCCGACGCCGCCUAAAGUCGACCCUUUCAUCCAGUUCUCCGACAAAGUUGACGUUUCAGGUUUCGAUGAUUCCGGCAUCCAAUUCGGACCCGUGGAAGCUAGUGGACAGACAACCGUCAACAUGGACAGGCAGUUAGAUCAAGAUGGUGAUCCUCUUGCUAUAACUACUGCUGAUGCGGUGGAAGCCAGUGGAGUUCCUCCUUGGAACUGGAGAGAUGCCCCUGGAAAUGUUAUGGCAGGAGGGGACCAGUCAUCAUAUGGAGGGAGAGUUAUUACGGUCAAGUUGGGCGACUAUGUGAGAAGGGUGGGUAUCGAUGGAAGUGGAGACGCAAUCAAAGAGGCAAUCAAGUCGGCGUUCAGAUUAAGAACUAAGCGGGCGUUUUGGCUGGAGGAUGAGAACCAGGUUAUUCGGAGCCUCGAUAGAGAUAUGCCUAUAGGAAAUUACACCCUCCAACUUGAUGAAGGGAUCACCAUAAAAGUCUGCAUGUAUGAUGGAUCUGAUCGGAUAGAAGAAAAAACACUAUACACUGAAGAGGAUUUCCAUGAUUUUCUCACACGCAGUGGUUGGAUAGGUUUAAGAGAAGUAAAUGGCUACGGGAGCAUUAGUAGUAUCGAAGAUCUGCACUCUGGUGUGAUGUAUGAGGGAGUCAGAAUUCUGGGGGAUUAGUAAUUUGUAAAUUUCCUUACUCGUAGAUCGUCAAGCUGCUACUGUAUUUUUUCUGCAGUGGCAAUACACCAAUUUCGUCACUAAUUUUGUAGGAGCCAAGCAAUGCAAGAGAUUAUGAACAGAUGUAUCUAGUAUCUACUUGGUCAUUGUAUGUUCUCCAAAAUGUUAGAUACUGUAUAGUUGGUGUCGACUUUGUCGCAAUUGUGGAUAGAAAAUCUGUUACCCUCAGCAAUAUUAUGGAGUGUGCUUCUGACU